AUGACAAGUAGAAGUAUUGAGGAGUCCAUGGGGGCUGUUCAUAUGGGGUUAGUCAGAACACUUAAAGGAUUCCAAAGCAAGAUUUUACCACCCCUGAGUCCAAAGGUGGUUGCAGAAGAUGAAGUAAAUCGAAUGCUGACACCCUCGGAGUUUCUGAAGGAAAUGUCCCUUACCACAGAGCAGAGACUGGCCAACACCCGUGUGAUGUGCCGACCGCAGAUCAUUGAACUUUUAGAUAUGAGGGAAACAACACAUCAAAAGUUUCCAGGAAUUGACCUGGAUCAGGCAUUAUUCCAGCCCUUUCCAUCAGAAAUCAUAUUUCAGAACUACACUCCCUGUGAAGUCUAUGAGGUUCCACUGGUUUUGAGGAACAAUGACACAAUUCCAAGGAUGGUGAAAGUUGUUGAGGAAAGUUCACCUUACUUUAAAGUAAUCAGCCCCAAAGGUAUCAGCCACAAAGUCGCUCCAGGAGUGCCAUCCGUGUUCCGAAUCCUCUUUACUCCAGAGGAAAACAAGGAUUAUGCCCAUGUGUUGACUUGUGUUACUGAAAGAGAAAAGUUUAUUGUGCCCAUCAAAGCUAGAGGCGCACGAGCCAUCAUAGACUUUCCAGACAAGCUGAGUUUCCCCACUUGCCCUGUCAAGUACAGCACUCAGAAGACCCUGCUGGUACGAAACAUUGGCAACAAAGGUUCUGUGUUUCACAUCAAAACUCAUAGGCCCUUCUCUGUAGAGCCAUCUGUUGGAACUCUUAAUGUAGGAGAGUCCAUGCAACUGGAAGUGGAUUUUGAACCACAGACUGUGGGCAAUCACAGUGAAAGACUUAUUGUGCAUUACGACACAGGUGAAAAAGUGUUUAUAUCUCUGUAUGGAGCUGCUGUAGACAUGAACAUAAGGUUGGACAAGAAUUCCUUGAUCCUUGAGAAAACUUACAUAUCUCUGGCCAAUCAGCGAACUGUAACUAUUCACAACCACAGUAACAUCAUUGCCCAUUUCCAGUGGAAGAUAUUUGCUACCCAGGAAGAGGAAGACCAAGAAAAGUACAGGAUAUGUGAUGAUCUUAGCAAAAAGGAAAAGAGUGAGACUGAUGAGUUUCUUGAGGAGUGCAUUAUUGAUCCUUCUCUCCGACAGCGUCUUUCCAUUCUCUCCCGCACUUUUGAGAAUCAGAGAAAGCUGGUUCAGGCAGACAGCGUGCUCUUCUUGAAUACCAUUUUCACUGUUGAGCCUCUGGAAGGCGAUGUCUGGCCCAAUUCAUCAGCUGAAAUCACUGUGUACUUUAAUCCCCGGGAAGCCAAGCUCUACCAGCAGACCGUCUACUGUGACAUUUCAGGUCGAGAGAUCCGUCUGCCCCUCCGAAUCAAAGGGGAAGGAAUAGGACCAAAGAUUCAUUUCAACUUUGAGUUGCUGGAUAUUGGAAAAGUUUUUGUUGGAUCUGUACAUUGUUAUGAGGCAGUGCUAUCCAACAAAGGCAGCAUUGAUGCCCUCUUCAAUGUGAUCCCUCCAGUUUCACCUCUGGGGGCCUGCUUUGUUUUCAGUCCCAAGGAAGGCAUCAUCGAACCAAGCGGAGUCCAGGCUGUCCAGAUCUCCUUUAGUUCUGCCAUCCUAGGGCAUUUUGAAGAAGAGUUCCUGGUCAAUGUGAAUGGGUCACCUGAGCCUGUGAAACUGACCAUUAGAGGCUGUGUCAUUGGACCUACCUUCCAUUUUAAUGUUCCUGCUCUGCGUUUUGGUGAUGUUUCCUUUGGGUUUCCUCAUACCUUGAUAUGUUCCCUCAAUAAUACCUCCUUGGUCCCCAUGACCUUCAAACUGCGUGUCCCUGGGGAUGGCGUUGGCCAGCAAAGCAUUUCAAGUUCUGAGCAGUAUUCAGACAACAAAAAACCAUUUUGGAACAAGGAUGAAUUGCCUGUAAUAAGACCAAAAGAAUUCACCAUAACCCCCAGCUGCGGCACCAUUCGCUCCCAAGGAUUUGCUGCUAUCAGGGUGACGUUAUGCUCCAACACUGUGCAGAAAUAUGAGCUGGCCCUGGUGGUAGAUGUGGAGGGCAUCGGGGAGGAAGUGCUGGCACUCCUAAUCACAGCAAGGUGUAUUGUACCUACCCUCCAUGUGGUUAAUACAGAGGUGGACUUUGGGCGUUGCUUCCUGAAGUAUCCAUAUAAGAAAACGAUCCAGCUUGUCAAUGAUGAUGACCUCCCAGGAUGCUUUCGGGUCCUGCCUCAGGUAUAUCAGGAUGUCCCCACUGUGCUGCUCUCUAGUCCCACGCCCUGUGGCAUCAUCGCUCCACACAGCACAGUUCACAUACCUCUGACCCUGGAGACCCAAGUCCCUGGGGAAUACAGGUCCACAGUUUACAUCUCAACCUUUGGGAGCCAGGAUCCCCCGAUGGUAUGUCACUUAAAGAGCAUCGGAGAAGGCCCAGUUAUCUAUGUACAUCCCAGUCAAGUUGAUUUUGGCAAUAUCUACGUCCUGAAGGACUCGCUCAGGGUUCUCAACUUGUCUAACCAGUCCUUCAUCCCCGCAUUAUUCAAGGCAUACAUGGCACACAAAAAGUCCCUUUGGACCAUUGAGCCCAGUGAAGGCAUGGUUCCCCCAGAAAGUGAUGUCAAACUGACACUGACCGCCAACCUGAACGACAUACUGACAUUCAAAGACACAGUCGUUUUGGACAUUGAAAAUAGCAACACCUACCGAAUUCCUGUCCAGGCUUCAGGAGUUGGCUCCACCAUUGUUUCAGAUAAGCCCUUUGCACCAGAACUCAAUUUGGGAGCACACUUUAGCCUGGACACCUAUUACUACCACUUCAAGUUGACCAACAAGGGACGUCGGGCCCAACAGUUAUUCUGGAUGAAUGAAGAUUUCUGUCCCCAAGAAAAGUUGAACAAGAAGAAACUGGCCAAGAAGGAUCGUGCAAAGAGCCAGCCCCAGGUUCAGUGCUGCCAGGCACCCAGGGAGCCUCACAGCCCUGUAUUUCAGCUCCACCCCGUCAGGAUGGAGCUGUCCCCAGGCCAGACGAUCGAUGUGAUACUCGAAGGCUAUUCUACCACUCCCAGGGUAGUCAAAGAAAAGCUGGUGUGCCACACCAUCAUUGGGACGCAAAAGGGGAAGAGCCUGGUGAUGACUGUGAACAUCAUCUGUGAGUUUGUGGCGCCAUUCAUCCAGCUCUCCACCAAGCAGCUCAUAUACCGACUGGAGAAGAAACCUAACACUAUCCUAGAACCUGAAUACCAGCCCUUGGCCGUAAAGAACAUUUCCACGCUGCCUGUGAACGUGUUGCUCUCAACAGGUGGACCCUUUUUUAUCUGCGAGACUGAUAAAUCCCCACUGCCCUCAACUCCUGAGCCUGUUAAACUGGAGGUCGGUGAAGUAAAAGACCUGUUGGUCAGAUUUGACCCUUCCUACAAAAAUGAUCUGAACAACUGGGUGGCCGAAGAAGUUUUAGCCAUCAAGUAUGUGGAGCACCCUCAAGUGGACACCCUGCACCUGCGUGGAGAAGUGAAUUACCCCAACCUCACCUUUGAGACCAUGGAGCUGGAUUUUGGCUGUAUCCUGAAUGACACCGAGGUGAUCCGCUACGUCAUGAUCACCAACUGCAGCCCCCUGGUUGUGAAGUUUCGCUGGUUCUUCCUGGUGGACGAUGAGGAAAAUCAGAUAAGGUUUGCGACAAAGAAGCCCGACAGUGCCCCCUUGUCCCAAGAGGAGUCCACCCCAGUGACCUUGGCAUCUGUCAGCUCGGCUGCAGUCCCAGCAAUAGAGUCCCCUGAGAUUGACCUAAGUGAUUUUGUUAAGACUAUUAUUGUGGAUGAAGAAGUUGGAUCUGAAGAAAGAGAAAACAAAAAAGCACAAGUGCCUGCCCUGGCCACCUCAGACGGAUUGAAAAUGAACUCUGCUGAAACAGAAAGAAUAGAUGUGAACCAGAGCCACAGGGAGUUUCAGGAAUCCCCAUGGAGCUUUGAACGGGAUGAAAUGUUGUCCAUUGGGGUAGAAGAAGUGUUUGAUAUUUUGCCCCUCUAUGGAGUGCUGCGGCCACACAGUAGCCACCAGAUAUCAUUCACCUUCUAUGGACACUGUGACAUCAUUGCACAGGCUAAGGCUCUGUGCGAAGUGGAAGGAGGACCCACCUAUGAGAUCAUACUAAGGGGAGAGGCCUCCCUGGUCAACUAUUCCUUUGACACCAAGGAUAUUAACUAUGGAUUACAGCUGUUCGACCAUGUCACAGAGAAUGAAAUCACACUCAAGAACACUGGGAAAGUUGGCUUUGAGUUCAGGGUUCUGACUGACCCCCAGUCUUCCCCAGACAGCCUUCUACCAGGAGUGCCACUCAUCCAGCCUCUCUCAGGUUUUAUCAGUUCCCAUAAAGAGCAAGUGUUGAAGGUUUAUUACUUACCUGGAGUGCCUGAGAUCUUUCAAAGAAGUUUCCAGAUACAGAUUGCCCACCUGGACCCAGAAAAUAUUACUCUGAGUGGAGAGGGAAUCUUUCCCCGAAUCUCCCUCGAUCUCCCCAGGAACCUCAAAGGAAGUGAAAAGUAUGAGAUCUUCUUAAAUCAGGCCAGAAAAAACCUAGAGAAAGAGUGCAAUAAACGUGAAACGCUUGAUCACUUAGAGACACCAGAGGAGAAUGUGCCUGAUGAUGAACCUUCUGAGGUAAGAUUAAAUCCUCACCUCCAGAUGGAAGUAGAGCGACUUAUAGUCCAAGACUAUGCCAUAGAACAUCAGAAAUCAAUUGUCCCUGGUUCCACGGAUGACUUCUACCAUCGGAGUCGCCGUAAACCAAUCAAAGUCCAGCUACCAGAAUAUGUCCUGGACUUUGGCUACAUCAUCCUUGGUGACGUCCAAACCCACAUCAUCAAGAUCACCAACACCAGUCACUUUCCAGUGUCCUUCCAUGCAGAGAAGCGUGUCCUUCAUGACACAGGCUUCAGUAUUGAGCUAGAUCGUGUGAAGAAUCUGCCUUACUGUGAAACGGAAACAUUUGAAGUGAGAUUCGACACACAAGGGGGCAAUGUUUCUGUUGGCAACAAAGAGGUCAUUCUGCCCAUCAAGGUGGUUGGAGGGCCACCAGUUCAUAUCUGUCUCCAAGCCAAGGUGACCAUUCCCAGUAUGACACUGUCUUGUGGAAAAGUGGAGUUUGCCACAAUUCAGUGUGGACAGUGCCUUGUGGAAACUAUUCAGCUUUCCAAUCAUCUCCAAGUCCCUUGUGAAUGGUUUGUCCAGAGCCAUAAGCAAGUUGUUAGUAAGCUGGAGAAACACAUGCCAAAAUACUUAAGACGCAAACUAUGCGCUGAAUUAAAGCCAAAGACACGGAUCUUUGAGAUUCAGCCCACUUGUGGGGUCCUGGAUCCUGGUGAGAGGUCCAACGUGCAAGUGAAAUUCAUGCCCAAAGAGGAGAAAUUCUACAGCCAAACCUUGGUGUUCCAGAUUGCCCAGAGCGCUCAAAAGCUUACUCUGCUGGCGGAAGGGCAAGGUCUAGAACCACGCUUGGAAUUUAGUCCCUCGGUUCUAGAGCUGGGGCCCCUGCUGCCCUACGCAGCUGGAGAUGAGGCCGAGGUGGUGGUGAAGAAUCCCUGCAGCUUUCCCAUUGAGUUUUACUCCUUAGAAUUUGACCAGCAAUAUCUUGUAGAAGAGAAGAUCUUGCGAACACUGAAGGGCUAUGAUUCCUACAACUCUCUGCUGCUGCCUCCUCGCCUUCCGGGGGAGAAGCUGCCCCCAGAGGUGUUUGAGUACUUCAGGGAGAUAAAGCGGUCCAAAGAGGAGCAGAUGAAGGUGAAAUAUCUGGAGAGUCUGGCGCAGGAGAACGAAGAGGACGACGGUCCAUUGUCAGAGCAGGGCACUUCAGCAAGCACAAAGAGGACCUCGCUUAGCCGAGGGAUCUCUGUCACAUCCAACCUGGAAGAGCGGCACGUCCCAGUGGUUGAAUCCAAGACCUACCCGGAGGAAGAGGAGGAUGAGGAAAGCCUGGAAAAAAUCAUGUUUCAAACUGACAAGAUUCAGAGUAUUGACAGCCACUCUGCAGAAGAGGUUGGAGAAGUAGAGAACAACCCAGUGAGCAAGGCCAUCGCUCGCUACCUGGGCAUUGACAUUUCUGCAGAAGGCCGCAUGGCCAAGAACCAGAAAGGCAUCGCCAUCAUCAUCCAUGGGACGCCCUUGUCAGGAAAGUCAGCCACCGCAGUCAGCAUGGCCAGGUACUACAGCGCUGCCUGCCUGAACCUUGACUCUGUCAUGCUGGAAGCCAUCUCUGACAGCAACAAUAUCGCGGGCAUCCGAGCCCGGGAGCUCUGCAUUCGGGCUGCCAUAGAACAGUCCAUGAAGGAGGAGGAGUCUGCCCAGGAGGCUGCUGCUAUGAAUCAAAAUGCCGUGGGACAAUUGCGCCUGAGCAGUGAGACCCUGGGCAAGUUAACUUCGGAAUGCACUCUGGUAACUCCCGAAGUUAAACCUACCAAGCCUGUGCGUGGAAGUGUGCUGAUCACCAAGGGCAAGGCAGACAGCCACGGCUCUGGGUCUCAGAAGCAGCAUCACCAGCACUCAUCUGAAACACCCCAGGUUUCCUCCAGCCCUCUCCCCUCGGGGCCCACACAGCGUCGACUCAGCGUCAGCACCAGCGUUGGAGGUGACACCGGGCUCGUGAGCUGCGUGCUCCCCGAGGAGCUAUUCACUCAGAUCGUGGCCGACCGAAUUCAGCUGAGUGACUGCUACCGAGGAGUGGUGUUUGACAGCCUGGAGACACUCUUUGCUCGGAACGCAGCUACCGCUCUCCUCUGCCUGCUGACGGCCAUCGGCAAUCGGGAGCACAUCUAUGUCAUCAACAUGGCCCAGGAUUAUGCAGCCAUGAAGGCCCAGGAGAAAGCCAAAAAUGAGCAAGAAGAGCACAAGCGCAGGGAAGCACAGAAGAGAGAGAAGGAGCGUCUCCAAAACAUGGAUGAGGAAGAGUAUGAUGCCUUGACAGAGGAGGAGAAGAUAACGUUCAAUCGAGAGGUUCAGCAAGCCCUGCGGGAGAGGAAGAGGAGGUCACUGGAGAGACUGGCAAAGGAGAUGCAGGAAAGGAAGCUACAGCAGGAACUUGAGCGACAGAGGGAGGAAGAUGAGCUAAAACGGAAGAAUAAAAAGCCAAAGCAGGGGCCCGUGAAGGAGGAGCCGUCCACGAAGAAAGCUCAGACACCAAGCCGGCAGGAGCAAGAGGAGAGCGAGGGGGCCCUCCCGAAGGACACUGACAAGAGCCUGGCGCAGAGGUUCAAGGCCUUCGAGCUCACCCUGAAGGCCGUCCAGAGCGUCCUCGCGCACUGGGACCGGAAGCAGGGCGUUCUGCUGCAGCGCGCCGGCGCUGAGGACGCGGGCCACGAGGAAGGCGCCGACCAGCGCCAGGUUCCCUCCGCUGGACGCCGAGGCCGCAAGGAGCGCGAGCGGGAGCGCGCCGAGAGGGAGCGCCUGGAGCGGGAGAGGGCGGAGAGGGAGCGGCUGGAGAAGCUCCGCGCCCAGGAGGAGCGCAGCGACGGCGGCGAGGGCCAGGAGGAGGACCGCGAGGGGAAGAAGGAUCUGGGCGUGCCGUUCGUAAGCAUCCAGACGCCUGACCCCGAAGGCUCGAGCUGGAAGCAGGCCCUGGAACACGAGAGGCUUCCUAAAGGGGAGCAGAUCCUAGACAUCUUGGGCCUGGGUUCUUCUGGACCACCUAUCCCACCACCUGCUUUGUUCUCAAUCAUCUCCUAUCCUGUGAAGCGACAGCCUUUGACCAUGACAGAAAUCCUGAAGCAUUUUGUGUUUGUAACUCCACCCUCUGAAGAGCUCUCCCUGAUGGAGGAGAAAAGAGAAGUGGAGGCAGAAACAGAGCUUUCAGCCACUCCGGGCUCCUCAAAGACCCAGGAGGAGCAAACCACCUCAUCUAAAGGGAGCAAACAGAAAACGAAAGAAAAAGAGAAAGACAAAACAGAUCAGCUGCGUGAGACUCAGAAGGAGAAACGUCGAAUGGCCUUCAACAGGAAGGGCCUUUCUGCAGGAACUUCCGGAACUGUUGCUCCACUAUCGUACAUAGAGCAAAACAACUUAUCUGGGCAGCAUUCCCAGGAGAAAUUCACCAGGCUCAAUCAUUUCCGGUGGAUUGUGCCUGCCAACGGUGAGGUGACAUUGCGCGUGCACUUCUCUUCGAACGAUCUUGGGAUCUUUGACCAAACAUUUAACUUUGAGAUCCUUGGAACUCACCGCCAGUACCAGCUUUACUGCCGAGGUGUCUGCACUUACCCAUACAUUUGCCAGGACCCAAAGGUGGUAUUCCCUCAGCAGAAGAUGGACAUGAAGGCAAAUGAGAUCAUCUUUAAGAAGUAUAUUGUGAGCUUGGAGAGGUUUCACUUCGGACCGCUGCUUUGUGGGAAAUCAAGAGACAAGUACAAGUCCUCUUUGUUCCCAGGCAACAUGGAGACACUGACAAUCCUGAACAGCUCCCCAAUGGUCGUGGAGGCGUUCUUCUGUUUUCAGAAUGACAUCAAAGCAAACACCUACUUCCUGGAGCCCAUCAACAUGAUUCUGAAACCCAAUGAGAAGCAGCUGCUGAAUGUAUGGGCCUACCCUACUGCAGUCGGUGUCUUUGAAGAUAGCAUCGUCUGCUGCAUCAAGGAGAACCCCGAGCCUGCUGUCUUCAAGUUAAGCUGCCAGGGUGUCCGCCCAGAACUGGAGCUGGAUCCCAGGCAAUUGCAUUUUGACCGGCUCUUGCUGCACAGAAAAGACUCCAAGGCAGUUCUUCUCCGCAACAUCACACUCCUGCCCCUGGCCUGGAGGAUCACCAGCCUGGAGCACCUGGGUGAAGACUUCACCGUGUCCGCCAUGCAGGGGACCAUAGCCCCCAAGUCUGAGUAUAGCCUUCAGGUGCACUUCCUGCCCUCCAAACCUGUCAUUGUCAAGAAGGCAAUCCGGUUGGAGGUUUUAGACGCAGACAACCUCAUUGGUGUCGUUCAGAUUGAAAACAUCCUGAUCUUUGCCGAGUCCUAUGACGUUGCCUUAGACAUCACCUUCCCCAAAGGAGCUGAAGGAGGCCUUGAUCUGGGGAUUGUGAAGGUCAUGGACGAGGUGAAGCAGCCCCUGCAGCUGAAGAACCGUGGGAAAUAUGAGAUCAUGUUCAGCUUUUCUGUGGAAUCUGUAGGGAUUUCAGCAACCAAUAUAAGUUCCAUGAUCACAGUGCAACCCAAGAAGGGCUCACUGACCAUGACAGAAAAGCCCACAAAUGUCCAGGUGAUCUUCCACGCAAAGAAGGAAGUGAAAAUCGAGAACCAGCCAGUUCUGCGCUGUCAGAUUAUUGAGCCUAAUAUCUCAGAAGGAGGUGAAAUGAUUGCCAGCAUCCCGAUUAAGUUUUCUGUGACUGCGGUGUUCUCCAAAUACAAUAUCAGCCCCUCCUCCAUCAUCAACUUCGGGGCUUUGAUCUAUGGCACUCGUAAAAGCGCCUUCUUCACCAUAGAAAAUCUAGGUGUGAUUGACUUCAAAUAUGCUCUGUAUAGAACGACAGGGGAGAGCCCCCUUCAUCAGAAGAAAGUAGCCACCCAUGUUAGACAUGCAAGAUCCCGAGAAAGCGAGAACUUCUACAAGACUGGACCUUCCAAAACAACCAAGUUCUCUGACUCUGUUCAGAAAGACGUGAACGUCACAAGCCAGGCUCGUUUCACCCACGGCAUGUUCACCGUGUACCCUGGGUUUGGUACCAUCCCUUCUGGAGGGACACAGGUCAUCACUGUUGACUGCGUGGCUGACCCCGUGGGAAGAUGUGAAGAGUUCAUAGCAAUUGAUAUCUCUGACCGAGAUCCAAGAGACCAGCCGGCUGGCAUCCCAUACAGCCUGUUGGCUGAAGCCUGUCAGCCAGCCUUUGUGACUGACAACAACAGCUUGAUAUUUGAGGAGCACCAGCUCUGUAGCAGCGCCAACCUGAACAGCAUCCUGCAGACCAUAGAGAGCGGGGGCUUGUAUGUGGAGGAUGAGAACAAGUUCAUCUUCUGCAAUGUCCUGGUGGGCCAUCAGGCCAAGGCUCGGUUCAAGAUUUGCAAUGUGGGAAAGAUCUCCUGUGACGUGAACAUCGUGGUUAAGCCCAUCUCCAACAAGGUCUAUGCCCGCAUCACGGACAUCUUUGAAGUGGAACCCAACAAGAUGUUUGUUGCAAGCCGCUCACACGCCUUUGCCACAGUGUUCUUCACCCCACAGACCAUGCAGACCUACCAGUGCAUCUUUGAGGCCACCUUGGACGGCUUGCCCAGCAACCUGACCAAGAACCGAAGCCUUGUGUUUGAUAUCGUUGGAGAGGGGACCCUCCCUCGGGUGACCAUUGUGCGGCCAGUUCUCUACAACCAGUAUAGAAACCCCUUACUUCUCUUUAAGAGGCUUCUGCUUGGUCAUUCGGAGACACUGCCUCUUAUCCUCAAGAACAGCGGUGCCAUCCCCGCCAAGCUGGAUGUUGACCUGCAGGACCAACUAGGAGUCUUCUCCCUGAAAGGGAAGCCUUCUACCUCCUACAUCUACAUCACAGAGGAAAACAAACCACAAGCAAAAGCAAAGAAAGCUCACACGGCUUCCCUGGUUGUUCCUCCUGGAGAAAUAGCUGGAUUUGAUGUUGUUUUCCACCCCAAGAAAGUCGGGAGAAUGGCAGGCAUCCUUCACUUGUCAGUGAUCAACAACCAGUACGAGGAUACAGUCAUCCACAUGGUGGGAGAGGGCUAUGAGGAUGACAUCACCUUGGACAACAUCCAUGGGCUGGUGGCUACCUCCAGCCCUGAGUCCUCAGAUGUCUCUGAGGUCAUUGAGGAAAGCACCAUGGAAGACUUGGUGUCAGCUGCUCUAGUGAAUCACAUCCAGUUUGGGGACUGCCACAUUGGAACCAGCUAUAAUGUGAGCUUCACCAUCACUAAUCACAGCCAAGCAAAUGUGAUACGGUUUGAAUGGCCGCUUUUGGCUACUGUUUCUUUCUCCCCACAGAUGGGCCACCUCCACCCUGGCUGUGCCAAGGACAUAGUGGUGACCAUGAAGUCAGACGUGCCCAUCAACCUGAAGAAGAUGGGGGUCAAGUGCAAGAUCUCCAAGAUCAUGUUUGCGCUCCCUGCAGACCAAGUGCCUGACUGGGAUGACCGCAUGCGGACGGUCAAGUGGAUGGACGUGCCCAGAAACACUCCCGGGACUUUCACUACAAAACGAAAAGUGAUAGAGACUGAUCCCGAGCCGGCUUACUCAGUCCUAGAAGAAAACUAUCGAGAACUGCAGCUGCAAAUCAGUGCCCACGUGAAUUUCGCCUCAUACAAGUGCCAGACUACCGAUGUGCACUUUAAGGAAACACUGGUUUACCAGACUCGAGUGUUUGAGUUUGAACUGAUUAAUUCAGGAAAUGUGCAACUGGAAUUCAACUGGAUCUCAGAAGAGACAGCAAAAGCUGUCAGCUUUGCCAUGCCAGACAACCAAGGUUUCUCCCAAAGAGACCAGCUUAGCCAGGGCACACCGCACACGGCCAGCACAGUGGACAGUGCUGUGGACCACUGGAACGAAACUUCCCUGCCGCCCUUCUGUGUGGAGCCCAUCUCGGGCACCGUGCUAGUGGGGAAGACUCAGAAGCUCAAAGUGAAAUUCUCUCCAUUGGAAGUUGGAGACUUCGAGAGCAAUCUUUUCUGCCAGAUUCCUAACCUGCCACCGGGAGAGCAUGGCCCAGUCCUGUCAGCCAAAGGGCGGAGCUCCCUGCCCAUCUGCCAUUUUGACCUGAAAGACUCAGACUACAUCGUCGGUCAUCGGCGCAACCCAGACCUCCGAGGGCCUAGUGGUGGGGCUCUGGAUCCAAACACCCGGGUGAUUGAGUUCACCAGCGUGGGCAUAGGAGGGAAGAAUCUCCGGACCUUUACAAUCCUAAACCCGACCUGUAGUGCCUACUCCUUCUCCUGGCUCUCUGAAGAAAUUGAAAGUCUCCAGAACCCUCCAGCCUUCACGUGCCUUACAGAAAAGGGCCUCAUCCUCCCUGAAAAGAAAGCUGAGGUUAUCUUCCAGUUCACACCUUCCCAUCUGGACAUCUCGGAGGCAUUCUGGACUUUCUUAAUCCCUGAACACAAUAUCACAGUCCCUUUCCUGCUGGUAGGCAAAGCCACUGACCCUCUCAUCAAUUUUGACAAGUCACAUAUCAACUUCAGUUGUCUCCUCAUUGGCAGAGAAGCCAGGGAGACUGUGAAGAUCAUCAACAAGGAGGAGCAGGAGUUCCAUUUUGCCUUCCAGGACACCUCCCGGUAUUCUGAAGGUUUCAGCAACAGCCUGGCUAUAUGUCCCAUGGAAGGCUGGGUCCCCCCACUGUCCAGGUUCCCAGUUGACAUUUUCUUCACACCAAAGAAAGAAGGAGAUGUGAACUUUAAUUUGAUCUGCAGUGUGAAAAAGAAAGCCCACCCUCUGACCUUAAAUGUCAAGGCUGAGGGCUACUCCGUGAACAUGGAGGUCAAAUGCAAGGACAGGAACGGCUCCAUCACUCUCCUGACCCCCAACCAGACCACCACUGUCAACUUCUGUGAGGUGGAACUGAAUGAGUGUGUCCAGUGUGAAUUCAGCUUUAUCAACACUGGAAAGUUCAACUUCAGCUUCCAGGCAGAGCUGUCCGGCCCCAGAUCCCUGCUACAGUACUUGGAGUUUUCACCCAGUGAUGGCAGUGUGGACGUGGGGCAGAGUGCACACGCCUCCCUGUCUUUCCAGCCAUUAAAGAAAUGUGUCUUGAAGGGUCUGGAACUCAAAAUCAAGAUCAGCCAUGGUCCAACAUUUAUGUGCACCAUCUCAGGCUGUGCUGUGAGCCCAGCUGUCCAUUUCUCCUUCACCAGCUACAACUUUGGCACCUGCUUCAUCUACCAAGCUGGCAUGCCCCCAUACAAGCAAACCCUGCUUGUCACCAACAAGGAAGAGACAGCUAUGAGCUUGGAUUGUUUGUACACCAACACCAGCCACCUCGAGGUGAACUUCCGAGUCGAUGUGAUAAAGCCAGGAAAGACACUGGAGAUCCCCAUCACCUUUUAUCCUCGAGAAACUAUCAGUUAUAGAGAACUCAUCCCCUUUGAAAUCAAUGGGCUCUCCCAGCAAGUAGUUGAAAUCAAAGGGAAAGGAACAGAAAUGAAGAUUUUAGUCCUAGAUCCAGCCAAUAAGAUUUUGAAGUUAGGAGCCAUCCUACCUGGACAGGUGGUGAAAAAAAUGGUUUCCAUCAUGAACAACAGCCAAGCCCAGCUCACAUUUAACCUGUCAGUCAUGUUCUCAGCGGAACUCCAGGAAACCAAGGUCAUCACCUUGUCACCAUUCCGCAACAUCACUAUGAAGCCCAAAGAGGUCCGGAAGCUGGAAGUCACCUUCGCCCCGCUAAAGCGUGUCCCUCCCUUCUCCGAGGAGGUGUUCAUGGAGUGCAUGGGGCUCCUGCGGCCCCUUUUCCUCAUCAGCGGCUGCUGCCAGGCCCUGGAGAUCUCCCUGGACCAGGAGCAUCUUCCCUUUGGACCAGUCGUGUGUCAGACACAAGCCACGCGUCGCAUCCUCAUGUUGAACACGGGUGACGUGGGUGCAAGGUUCAAAUGGGAUGCCAGGAAACUUGAGCCUCCAUUUACCAUCAGCCCAGAAGAGGGCUAUAUCACCGCAGGCAUGGAGGUUUCUUUCGAAGUGACUUACCAUCCUACUGAGGUGGGCAAGGAGAUUCUCCACAAAAACUUGCUCUGCUUCAUCCAGGGAGGCAGUCCUCUGAGCCUAACCCUGUCCGGAGUGUGCGUGGGACCACCUUCAGUAAAAGAGGUGGUGAAUUUUACCUGCCAGGUGCGCUCCAAGCAUACACAGACCAUCAUGCUUUCAAACCGCACCAACCAAACCUGGAAUCUGCACCCCAUCAUUGAGGGUGAGCACUGGGAGGGGCCAGAGUUCAUCACCCUGGAGCCUCAUCAGCAAAACAAGCCCUACGAGAUCACCUACCGGCCCCGCACCAUGAACGUGGAGAACCGCAAGCAUCAGGGCACCCUCUUCUUCCCGCUCCCAGAUGGGACUGGCUGGCUGUACCAGCUGCACGGGACGUCUGAGCUCCCUAAGGCUGUGGCCAAUAUCUACCGUGAAGUGCCAUGUAAAACACCCUACACUGAGCUCCUGCCAAUCACCAACUGGCUGAACAAGCCCCAGAGAUUCCGGGUCAUUGUGGAAAUAUUGAAACCAGAGAAGCCUGACCUGAGUGUCACCUUAAAGGGCCUUGAUUACAUUGAUGUGCUGUCCUCCUCCAAGAAAGAUUACAAGCUGAACUUCUUCUCCUACAAGGAGGGACUAUACACAGCAAAGGUGAUCUUCCGAAACGAGGUGACCAACGAGUUCUUAUACUACACGUUGAGUUUCAGGGUCAUCCCUUCAGGCGUCAUCAAAACCAUCGAGAUGGUGAGCCCCGUCCGGCAGAGCACCUCGGCCUCCAUCAAGCUGGAAAACCCCCUGCCCUACAUGGUGACCUUCUCCACGGAAUGCAGGAUGCCCGACAUCAGCCUGCCCUCCCAGUUUGUGGUGCCGGCCAACUCUGAGGGAACGUUCAUAUUUGAAUUCCAGCCCCUGAAAGCUGGAGAAGCCUUCGGGAAACUGACACUGCACAACAGCGACCUGGGUUACUACCCAUAUGAGCUCAAUUUGAAAGCCUUGCCAGCACUGCCUGAAAAGCCUGUCCACUUCCAGACUGUUCUUGGCAGCGGCCAGAGCAUCUUUGCCAAGUUCACCAAUUACACUCGGCAGAAGACAGAAUACUACUGCAGGACCGACUGUCCGGACUUCCACACUGAAAAGAUCAUCUACGCGGCGCCUGGGGCGCAGGGUGGCACGGAGGUCAGCGUGGAGGUGUACUUCGAGCCCAGCCACCUGGGCGAGAGCAAGGGCAGCCUGAGCCUGUCGUCGCUGGCGGGCGGCGAGUACACCAUCCCCCUCUUCGGGGUGGCUCUGCCCCCCAAGCCGCAAGGCCCCUUCCUGAUCCGAGCCGGUUACAGCAUCGUCAUCCCCUUCAAGAACGUCUUCUACCGCCCGGUCACCUUCUCCUUCAUUGUGGAGAACACCGCGUUCUCCAUCCGCGCCAUGGACUCUGUGAAGCCCAAGAAGGUCAACAACAUCACGGUCUACUUCGAAGGGAACCCAUCGGGCAGCAAAACACCCAUCACCAGCAAGCUGAUUGUAACCUGCCCGCCCGGCGAAGGCAGCGACACUGGAAUUAAGUGGAUUUAUUACCUGAAGGGGAUCACCCCGUAG